GAUAGUAGCUGGCAGCAGCAGCCGAGCUCAACCAGGAACAGCUGAAAAAGAACAACAAAGCCACGACGACAGGACUACACAAACAACAACGGAAACAUUUUUGACAUUGCCACUGGACGAUUAUUUCGUGUAACUAAGACAGAUUUUGAACGUCAUCAGCCACGCCCCAGACCUUUGCUGAGAUCUGACAAUGGGACGCAUCUUCUUGGACCACAUUGGUGGAACUCGCCUCUUCUCAUGUGCAAACUGUGACACCAUCUUGACGAACCGGUCAGAGCUUAUUUCAACCCGUUUCACAGGUGCCACGGGCAGAGCUUUUCUUUUCAAUAAGGUGGUGAACCUGCAGUACAGUGAAGUCCAGGACAGGGUGAUGCUCACUGGCAGGCACAUGGUGCGCGACGUCAGCUGCAAGAACUGCAACAGUAAGCUGGGCUGGAUCUACGAGUUUGCCACCGAGGACAGUCAGCGCUACAAGGAGGGACGUGUCAUCCUGGAGAGGGCGCUAGUGAGAGAGAGUGAGGGCUUUGAAGAGCACGUCCCCUCAGACAACUCCUGAGCCUGCAGAGUCUGACUAACUGAUGUUGGGGAACUGCUCACGCCCGUGUAUUCCCUUCCCUUUAACCCUGUGCUGCAUAUCGCCACCUGCAGACAUAAAUAGUCAGUGAAUCUUUGGCUGACCAACAAUCCCAUCCUCCACCUUUCACACACGCACAUCUCCUCCUUGUUGUUGGCCUAUGAUCUUAGACUUUUGCUGAUUAGAAGAUUGGCUUGCUGGAUCUGUUCUUGCCUAGUUGGUCGUUUAACUAAAGAGACUCUCAGUUUACCUUGUCAGUUUACCUCCUCCCUCCUCCAUCCUUGAACUGCUGGGCUUAACUGUAACCCUACUUGAUAAAACGAUCCUGCAAAGGUCAUGCAGAUUUUACACAGGGCAUGUACCACACUUAAACAGUUAAAUAUAUGCAUGGUCAAACAAAAACAAAACAUUCAGUGUUUGAAGAGAACUUGAGGCAACUGUGUUGAGUCAAUCUGUCACUGAAAUACAAUUGAAAACGGAGAUCAUUUACAUAGAAAGGGAGGUUUGCUACAAAAUCUUCUUAGGUUUUUUGCUGUUGAGUUCAGUCUAGUUUGUCUCUGUGUCAGCCUUAGUCUAGUUGGAAUGUUGUGAUUUCAGUUAGCUUUCAGUUGCCUUCAUAAUGAAUGUAACAUUGACAUAGGUCCCUGUAUGGUUUACAGUCAUUAUCAAGUGUAAUUUCAACAUUUUUUUGCCAUCAACAUUGUGGGAUUGAAUCCAUACUAAUGGAUUGAUCCGUAUUGAGAAAACACAGAAUUAAAACGUAGUUUUGCUAAAUUAUACCAUUACUACUUCUUACAUCGUCUUCUGUGCUUUGGGAUCUGUGGUUAUUCGGUGGAAUAUCACCUCAGCAAUGAAUCAGGAGAAAAUGCUCCAGUGCUGAUGUGAUGGAGGAAGGAAAUAUGUACUGGGCUGAUAGGAGAUAAUUUCUGGCUGCAUUACCGGUGGCCUACAUAUGGGGUUAUGAAAGGAGGGGUCACUAAAGCAUUUAAAAAAGUCAUUGGGGGACCUGAAAGAGUUUCUUUAGAAAUAAUUUGAAUUCAGCCACACAGCUGGGAUUUAGCCAGAUUAAAAAGUGUGGAGUAUAAAUAGACCUGGAAUAUGAUUUUUUAGCUAUUUUUUGCCCAAUAGUUCAAGCUCAGGCUGCCUUCCCAAGGUGUAUUUUUCACAUUGGAAUUACUGUGUUUAAAUUUACUCAAAGAAAACCAGCCUUAAUUAAAAAAGUAGAUCUUUGAACUCAUGCCUGGUCCUCUAACUUGGCCAGAGCCUUCAUUUACCAUUGGCUGUGAUCUGAAAUGAUGUCACCUACUCACGUACAAAAGAAUAGCAAUUUUUACAACAUUUGUUGUUGUACUCACAGGCCUGCACCAUUACAGAGGACGGAUUACUGUGGUACCAGAACUCUGCAGCAUUCACAUUUGACACUAACGUUUCUGCCUUUGCUACACCUUCACUGCAAGUGAAAAAAUAAGAUAAAUUCAGUACGGAGAGAAAAAUUAAACUACUCAGAUCCACAAUUUGGUGUCGUGCACAGUCAGCGACCAUGACAAAACAUAGUUAUCAUUUAUUACUUAAUUUUACUGUUUGAAUUGUUUUGUUGCUUUAUUAUCAUUAUUGUUACUAUUGUUAUUUUUAUUAUUGUUGUUAUUUUAUUUAGUAGAUAGGAUUAUCUUAGUGUGAUCAAAGGAUGUAAACUUGAAGAAAGUAUUUUCCUGUAUGGCUAAAGCAAGAUUUUCUGUGUGGUUUCUAAAUAAAGACACAGUGUUGCUGGGUGAAAUUAA